AAGAGGAGCUAACCCAAUUGAAUGGCACAGGUGCCGGUGAUUUGGGUCCAUAUCACAGCGUUUUAUAUAUUGAGAAUAUGUGCAGACCUCUCACACCCAAUUUGGACACAUUAUCUGCCGGUCUGCGAACGGUGCGGGAUAAUAUCUACUAUGAUCCGGAUUGGGACUAUUGGAAUAAAUACGGUCGCUAUUCGCUAUCGAAUGAGGCCCUUCAAUUUGAUACCUACAACAAGGAGUGGACUGAGAAAAUACGGAACAUCAUGGACAAGAUGAAGCAAAAUCUCAUUCAAAUCGAUGAGCUGAUUCUCUAUGAGAAUCGCGAUUAUAGUGACUCCAUCGAAGUGCUGUUGAGUGCGGUGCAACGCUCGGAGAUCUUCAUCAGGGAAAACGGCAAGGAAUUCGUCAAUGCGUUGGGUGCCAAUCUGACCGAUGUGGUUAACGAGCAGAUCGAUCAGUUUCUUCAUGACCUGGUUCGCCGCUGCAACGAAGAUGUCGGACACUGCACCCCCCUCGCCUACAUCUAUUAUCGUGGCGUUGAUCUAAUCUGUUACCGCCUCGUCGAUCCAAUGAACGGUUUCUGGGUCGGCAUGUUGCUUGCCGCCCUGCUGCUGCUGCCCAUCCUGAUUGUUGCCCACAAGCUGAUGUGUCUGUGGAAGCGAAUGCACGCCGCAAUUCUGCCCGUAGUCGUUGUUGUCCCAGAGGGAGGCUGUCCCACUUGCACUGGUGCUGCAUAUGUGCCGCCACCGAUUAUGGUCUGUACUGGGGGCCAGCAGACAGGAGCUUUCCAUCGAACGGAUGGCGGCGUUGCACGUUCAGUUGACAGUGUGCCACAGGCAGGAGCUAAUGCUGCUGCUGCCAGCGGCUCUAAUGCUGCCAAAGACACACUCGGCGUCAGAUUCCAUCCGGAACCGCCGACAAAGCCAAAAAAGGAAUAGUAGAAGAAAAGUCGCAAGUCGAAGACUAAACAUAUUUUACAUAGGACUUUGUCAUGAUAAUUGUAAAUUUGUAAAUGCAAUCAAAUUAUAUAAAAGAGCCUUUCUUCAAUAUAGAAAAUAUGAUUGACAAUGUUCAACACCUG